GCUUUGAAUAUGGCGCAACUCCCUUGUUCUUAUCUGGGGUCAUCUGUCCUCUGGUUUUAUGGUGUCGAGAGCUUCCACCUCAGCAAAGGAGCAGCUGUAAAAGCCUCGGUGAUGAUGGGGGCUCAGGAAAAAUAAACUAGGGCAAAGGCGACGUCUCUCCAAGAGGCCGAGACUCCCACCCACCGCUGGCCCCGCCUCGGAGUGGGAAAAGGAGAACUGGGGAGAUCCGUCGGAAGAACGAGGUGGGCAACCCCUAACUCCGAAGGGAGUCGGGUAAGGGAGGUUCGCCUCCACCCAGCCGAGCUAAGGAGGUAGGUGGGGGACCAGGACGAUCUGGGGUGAUCUUUGCAAGCCCCGCGCCGACCAGUCCUGCGCCCCUCCUUGGCUGAGCAGCCCAGUAGUGUGGCCUGGCCAAAAGACCCCGCCUGAGCAACUGCCUGCCACGAGGGGGCCACUUCCCUCUCGGAUUGGCACCCGUUUUCCCACGAUUGCUGGGGUGCGGGCUGAAGUUUCCUCCAGUCGUAGGUAAAGGAGCACUUGCAAAAGAGAAAAGGCCCCCUGUGCAAACUUGCACAUCGUGACACGCCCCCCUCCGCUUGCCCUUCUGGCUCCUUUUUAGCACUAGCACGAGGAUUUCCCGAUCGCCCAGUCCAGUUUGUCUCUGCAUUCCUGCCGCAAGGGGGACCUUCCUUGCCAGUUCCGGGAUGUAGUUCCGUCUGUUUGCACAGCAAAAUGCUUUCUAUGCAAUUAUCUGGCCGCGCUUGGGGACCGUUUGAUGUGGGAUGUGUGGUAGUGGAUCCGCUGCUUUUGAGUGUUGUGCUUGGUUUUUGAUCGUAUCCUUUCCGACCCUGCUUUUUUUGAUGGUAAAGAUGCCAUUCUUGUUUUGGGAUCUGAUCCGGCAGCUUUGCUAGUGUUUGUGUUUCUGAGAUUCUAGCAUUGGGCGGCGGGGAGUCUGAGUGACACACUGAAAAACGUACCAGUACAACAUUAUUCAUCGGUGGUAAGGAAAGUUUUGUUUUGAAGUUAAUAUUUCAACUUGCUAGUCGCUGAAAACCUGUUUGAAACGUCUUUGGCCGCCCACUCAGCUGCAGCACCUGCUAUUCUUUCAGACUGAAGGGACGUGACAGUACCGCUAUACUAAGAGGAUCAAGAGUGCAAUUUAUAAUCGUGGGAUUCCUUUAUGCAGAGUUCUUGCUCAUGUACUCCUAAUUGCAAUUUAUCUGAGAAACCCUUGCGGAAUACGUUAUUUGUCUUUUGCAAGCCUCCAAGUUUCGCUUUUGUGUUGCAGGUUGAAGGGAUGAGGAAGACAAGUGUCAGCUUAUGUGUUUCUCUGAAAGUAAACUGCCCAUCUUGAGGUACUUAGAAGUUUAAGGAGUGGAAAAAACCUGUUACUCUCCUAGUUUGCUUUUCCUAUAUUAUAUGCAGUAUUCUGUUCAGAUCAGGAUGUGCGUUACCCUGCUGAAAAUAUUUUACUGAUUGGAAUAAGGAGCAUGUUGCUGCAAUCCAUAACAAUUUAAGAGUCACUUCUCAUGAAGCCUCUCAAAGCAGUUUCACAAUGCAAUAAAAACCAUGUAAAACCAUUUAAAAUAAAUUCAGGUAUGAACUCUUUUGUUAUAGCAAGUGGCUUUGAUGAGCAACUAUUAGUUGGGAUCUACAUUUGUAGCUGAUUCUCCACCUGAGGGUCUGUAACAGCAAGUGUAUUUUUGGUAGGUGAUUGGAGGGUGACCGGGUGGGAUGGCUGCGGGACCUGCUACAGACAAUUACCGUAUUUUUCGCCCUACAGGACGCACCUUUUCCCCUCCAAAAAUGAAGGGGAAAUCUGUGUGCGUCCUAUGGGGCGAAUGCAGGCUUUCGCUGAAGCGUGGAGAGCGAGAGGGGUCGGUGCGAAGGAAGCUAUCAGCAAGACUGGGGAGCCCGCGGGAGUUCCCGCAGGGAUCCCUAGGCUGCGGAUAGCAGCUUGCUGCACGGAGCGCGGGGCGCACUGAAGCAGAGCGCCCCGCGCUUCGGGCAGAUAUCCGCGGCUGGGGGGGGGGAAUAAUUCCCCCCCUUUAUUCCCCCCCCAAACUAGGUGCAUCCUAUGGGCCGGUGCGUCCUAUAGGGCGAAAAAUACCGUACUGAAUAAUUUUUUUCAUUCCUGCUUGUGGGUUUCUAGAUACUAAUGAUGUAGGAGUUUGAGUUUCUGCUAGCCCACACCAUUCUAAUGGUUUUGGGCCGUACCAAAAUUUACAUUAUGCCCUUUGCAUCCACUUUGUUACAGCACUCUGGACAUUUUAAGAAUUUCUCCAUAAUAAUUUAUGUGCCCCUCACAUGGCAACCACCACACAUGGAACAUUUCCUCUAGCAGGGUUUCCCAAACUUGGGUCUCCAGCUGUUGUUGGACUACAACAUAAAUUUGUGACAUUGGAAGUGGCCCUAAUUUUUGGUAGGCUGGAAUAAUUGCUUUGAGCUAAAUCCAGACCUACUUUACCCAGCCUAAGCACUGACUGGGGUCAGAAUUUACCUGAAGUAACAGAGAAGCUUCCCUCCACUGUAAUUUGAAGGCCAUGGAAUAAAUGAAUAAAUAAGAAGUCUGUGUUCCAAGUCCUUAAGAAUGCAACCCACACCCCUCUGUAAUCACUGGUUAAAUGCUCAUUGGCAUUAAUGGUCCCAGAUGUUGCCCAAAGCCUUUAAAACCUGCACCUGGCUUUAUGGUGGCAUAUGGUGUGCUGACCUGGCCAUCUUUUUAUCAGUCUAGUCAAAAGGGGAGGUUAUGAGUGCCACUGUUCACAGAUGUCUCAGAAUAGCUUUCUCUUGGGAGCACUGGCUGAGAAUUUUGUUAAGCACUAUUAGCUGGUCCAUUUAAAUUCAACUCCUUCACAGCAGCAAUACAAAACAUAUACCCCUAAGAAAUGUGGUGUGAGAGAGAACACAUGUGACAAUUACGUACACUUUAAUUUUGAGGGGACAGGACAUUUCUGACUACUUUGAAGCUAAAGUAAUUUUCUUUUGCCUCUCAGUGUGUCUGAACAGGUAAAACGAGUGUCUCCCAAGUUGAAGUUUGGCCAAGGGAGUUGCAAGCGACUUUCUUCUUGAAGUACCAUGUCCACAGAUGCUGAUCCCUCGACCUUAGUGAAAGUGCUCCACUUGGUUUUCCUUUCAACUUUCUGGGGAAUGCAGAUCUGGGUGACUUUUAUAGCCAGUAGGUUGGGACCGUUCCACAGCCCCCCUCUUUGCACAUAGAUGCUUAAAGGCCAAAUUAAUCAUGGUUAAUUUAUUUAGGGAGGGAUUCAACAUUUGGAGAAAUAGGAGUGCUCUGCACUAGCAUAUGCAGUAAAUUCAGAAAGGGGAAAAGGGCUACUUUAGCUUGGCAGUAAGAUGUAGGCUGGGUAAAUAGGGAUAACACUGGCUGGCAAGAAGAUUUACUUUCUGGAUUGGUGAGUCUAUAUUCCUAGACACCAAGCAGCUGAAUGAUGAUGAUGAUGUGAAGGUAAAACCACCAAGUGUGGAAAAUCCUAAUAAACAAUGGAAAUAAGCAUAGCUGUCAACUUUCGGAUUUGAAAAUAAGGGAUCAGCAGCCUCACUUGUCCCAGGGACAGUCUACGGGAUAUCUAACAAUCCGGGAUAGCAGCGGAAAGCAGCAGGAAACAGCGCUGAAAUAAGGGAAUUUCCCGCAAAAAAAGGGAAGGUUGACAGCUACGGAAAUAAGCCAUUCUGAAGCUAGAAGAGAUUAUCUAAAACUGUAUACGUCUGUUAAUUUUGCAUCCAAUGUUUUUUUAAAAAUAGCUAUUCAUUAUUUUUAGCAUUUAAAUAACCUUGUUCCUUUGUGUUCGCCCCACUUGUUCUUGCAGGUUUUGUGAUGGGCAACAAUCUCUCACAACAUACAUUCGGAUUCAUUCAGAGUUGCCUCUUCCCUUAUUACUUCCACAUUGGCUCAGCUUGUGCUUUCAUCAACCUGACCAUAUUUGCCAUGUGUCACCCCAGCGAGCUUCUCAAUGAGGAAGAAACCAUGCAGGUAGUGGGCUCCCUCUUUUAAAUAUCACGUGCAUCCGUUCGUCCGCCAUUCUGCUUUGUUAUAUGGCCUCGCUUGUGAUGGCAUGCCUGCCUUAGGAAGAAGUGGUUGGACCGAGAAGCCACCCACGCUUACUAGCAGGGCACUCCUUGUGUUUCCUGUAACUACCACCACGGCUGGUAGGGGGUAGUAUUCAGACAGUAGGUGGUGGGGCAGAGCAGCAAAGGAGCACAGUUUGGUGACUUGGCACAGGAACGGAACAUCUUGCACCGAAAUAUACCCUAUUAAUCCUAAUUUGAAAAUGCAAUGGCAGGGCCAACCCACAGGGUUAUUUUAAGGAUGAUAUGCACUGCUGGGGCCACAGGAACCUGCCUAGGUACCAGCCAUGAAUCUAAAUAUUAUUCCUGCAAAGCGAUUGCAGCUACAUGUGAUAUGAAAAUCCCCACAUACUAGCUGAUGCUACCAGACAAUGAAUAGUAUAACUAUCUUUCCUUUCCAGAUUACAGUCUUCUUCAUUUGUGUCAUAGUUGCUGCUCUAAACGCUCAGUGGUUUGGGCAAGUGACUUCAGAUAUUAUGGCCGAAAUGCACCUGAUUGAGCAAAGCUAUGGCUUGGGAGAGGAUGCUGGGUGGUUCCCGCAUAAGUCCUUUAUGCGGCUGUGUCAACUGGAUUCUCAUUACAGGGAGCUGACAAGCAGACUGAGCAUCUAUCAUGGUUUCUCUUCCCUCUGCAACCUGUGCUGCAUCGCAUGCAAUGGCUUGAGCCUCUACUAUACGGCUGCUCACCUUUCAACAUUAUAAGCACAUGGGUAAAUAACCUGCAUGGGCAUGAUUGUGAAAAGACGGACUGCAAAUGGCAGAAGCCAGGGCCUGGCUUGCUGUAGAGUGCUCCUCCAAGCAGGAUUCACAGGUGCUUGGAUCACCCUGUUCUGAGUGUAGCAUGCUAUCAGUUUUCCAGCCAUCAUUGGGCUGGCAGCCCAUGCACUAAUCAACCUUUCAUAGAACACUGGACUCCUUGUUGAUCAAUGAGACAUCUCAUUGUAAUAGUAAUGCUUGGUCAGACAAUUAUGAGACAAUUUAAAUGCCACCAAAAUACUUGAUGCAAGUAACAGGUUUCUUUUUGAAAAUGAAAAAUUCGUAAGUAGAUGCCUACAGCUGAAAAAGGAUUUGUCACUUCAUGUGCCCUCUGCUCCCCUUAGUCUUCUAAAGGACCAGAUGUUAACCUUUUAAGGUGGCUGCAGCCUUGCUAGUUAUGGGUAUCAGCUUAAGGGCACCUAUGACUUCCUAACUGUGCUUGGUCCAGUCCAGGGAAAAUCUCUUCUGAUAUCAAAUAUAUUUGAUACCAACUUCUGAAAAGGUAAAAUGCUCUUCCCAGCCAAAAGGUUUUUAAUUCUACCAUGGAUUAUAUUAAAGCCUUACGUUCCAAAGAGCAACAACAGAUGCGGUAAUAAAACGAAAUCUAACUGCAGU